AUGUCCAGUGAACCUGUCGUGCUGAAUGUCGGUGGGACCAAGUUCUCCACGUCGGAGGCAACUCUCAGAAACAACUCAAUAGGCGACUGCUUCUUCACCACGCUCGACUACUCGAAAGGUGAGGUGUUCAUCGAUCGUGAUCCCACUUUAUUCAAGUAUAUCCUGAAUUACCUACGAGAUGGUCGUGUGAUGUUCCCAGAUGAUGCUCUCAUAACAGCACAAUUAUUUCAAGAAGCAAAGGUUGGAUGUUAA